AUGCGGCAGGACAGUACGUCCUCGAGUACGAACUGCGGCCAGUCGGACGACGACGGAACGGCGCAGGUACAACGAGUGACGGACGGCGCUGGGUCUCCGCUAAAGAAUACGAGCGGCUCUUUCGGGACGCCAGAGUCGUGGAAGACUCUGAAAUUGGGGAAGACGUGUAACAGAGUGAUGACGGCAGCGUCAGGAAAUGACGACGCACGCCUCGAAGUACCGAAGAUCACCGAGGAUGGCGACUCGGAGUAG